CGUCACGCGGGUGAUGGCGACCGGCUGGUUCCUCUGAGUAGUGCGAGAGGUGAGGAGAGGAGGAGCGCUUGAGGCGAGGGCCGCACACUUUAUUUUUUUAUUUUUUAUUUUUAUUUUUCCUUUCCAACCGGCCCGGUAAAUAACGGAGAGAGGACUUCCCCGUCCAGCUGUCAGACCGGGACCUGAGGUCAAACUAACUCCGGUUCACCGGACAGACAGAACGUUAACGGGACCAGAACUCUGCCUGCCUUUUCCUCUGCCGUGAUUCAGCCCAAUCCGAGAUCAGACCACACCGAUCGGCCAACGCUAAACUUUCCGUUUCUCUCUCCCGGGACUAAAUCCUCUCUCGUCGACACUUAAUCUCCCCGUAUUAACGACACUUUUAAUCGUUUGGGAACUUUUACUUUCAUGUCGCGAGGAGUUGUAAUUCGCCUAAAGGACACAGCGCCCCCACCCAACUUCUGAAACACUUUUCUCCGUGGUUCUUAUUUCAGUCUGGUGCGGUAACGGGGCAUGACGAGGAUUAUCUAACUGGACGUCGCUGAGCCACUAGACCCACCAUUUGUUCUCCAGUAAAGGGGUAAGGGGUCAGAGGUGAGGAUGGCAGGAGCCUCAGUGAAGGUGGCAGUACGCGUGCGACCUUUCAACUCCCGGGAGACCAGCCGAGAUGCCAAGUGUGUUAUACAGAUGCAGGGCAACUCCACCUGCAUCUCCAACCCCAAACAGCCCAAGAAUGAAGGCAAGAGUUUCACCUUCGACUACUCUUACUGGUCACACACUACGGCGGAGGAUGAGAGAUUUGCCUCCCAGAGACAAGUCUAUAAGGACAUCGGAGAGGAAAUGCUGCUUCAUGCUUUUGAAGGAUACAAUGUCUGUAUCUUCGCCUACGGACAGACCGGAGCAGGGAAGAGUUACACCAUGAUGGGCAGACAGGAAGAGGGACAGGAGGGGAUCAUUCCCCAGCUAUGUGAGGAUUUGUUUAAGAGGACAGUUGGAAACACAGAUCCUGAUCUCUCCUUCUCAGUGGAGGUGUCCUACAUGGAAAUCUACUGUGAGAGGGUGCGUGACCUGUUGAACCCUAAGUCGAAGGGUACACUCCGUGUUAGGGAGCACCCUAUAAUGGGACCGUACGUUGAAGAUCUGUCUAAACUGGCUGUGACCGGAUACAAUGACAUUCAGGACCUAAUGGACUGUGGAAACAAAGCUAGGACGGUGGCGGCAACCAAUAUGAAUGAGACGUCUAGUCGUUCCCACGCCGUCUUCACCAUCGUGUUCACACAGAAACGAAGAGACCAACUCACCAGCCUGGACACGGAGAAGGUCAGUAAGGUCAGUCUGGUGGACCUAGCUGGUAGUGAGAGAGCUGACUCGUCGGGGGCAAAGGGUUUGAGGUUGAAGGAAGGAGCUAAUAUCAACAAGUCUCUCACCACCCUGGGGAAGGUCAUCUCUGCUCUGGCUGAAAUGCAGAACAGUAAGAAGAGGAAGUCAGACUUCAUCCCCUACAGAGACUCGGUCCUCACCUGGCUCCUGAAAGAGAACCUGGGUGGUAACUCCAGGACAGCGAUGAUAGCAGCUCUCAGUCCAGCAGACAUUAACUAUGAAGAAACACUCAGUACACUCAGGUAUGCGGACCGUGCCAAGCAGAUCAGGUGUAAUGCUAUAAUCAAUGAGGAUCCCAACGCCAGACUGAUCAGAGAACUGAAAGAAGAAGUCAACAGACUGAGAGACCUGCUGUUCUCACAGGGGCUGUCUGAACUACUGGCUGUAACAGGUGGAGAGGUGAACAACAACAGUGCUCUGGGCUCCUCCCCCUCAGGCCUGCCCACCCAGCAGCCAAUCACCGCUAACGGCCAAUCAGAAGCCCCACAGAACCUUGCCCAAGAUUCUAACUCCGCCCCUGACGAAGACUCCACACCUGACGGAGACCCUGAUCACAUGACUGAUCACAUGACAGCGGACUUUGCUGAAGGGGAGGAGCUUGUUGAGACCAUCAGUAAAGAGGAGGUGGCUGAGAGACUGGAGGAGACUGAGAAGAUCAUUGCUGAGCUGAACGAGACAUGGGAGGAGAAACUGAGGAAGACUGAAUCUAUACGACAUGAGAGAGAGUCUCUGCUGGCUGAGAUGGGAGUGUCCAUCAAAGAAGAUGGAGGGACAUUAGGGGUGUUCUCUCCUAAAGGGACUCCCCACCUGGUGAAUCUGAACGAGGAUCCUCUGAUGUCAGAAUGUCUGCUGUACUACAUCAAGGAGGGAGUCACCAGGGUUGGUCAACAGGAUGUGGAUAUCAGACUCUCUGGUCAGUUCAUCAAGGAACAGCACUGUGUCUUCUACAGUCACACCAACCACCAAGGAGAGGUCAUAGUAACCCUGGAACCUCUGGAGGGGGCGGAGACUUAUGUCAACGGGAAACAGAUCACAGAAGCGCUGGUGCUUAAACAAGGUAACCGUAUAGUGAUGGGGAAGAACCAUGUGUUCCGGUUCACCCACCCAGAACAGGCCCGUCUGGAGAGAGAACAGAGAGAGAGGAGCAGUACCAGUCCCAGCCACCAGGAGACCGAAUGCACUGCCAACACAGGCCUCCAGGGGGAGCCAGAGGACUGGACCUACGCUCAGCGAGAACUACUGGAGAAACAAGGGAUAGACAUCAAACUGGAGAUGGAGAAGAGGCUGCAGGACAUGGAGAUUCAGUACCGGAGGGAGAAGGAGGAGGCUGACCUGUUACUGGAACAACAGAGACUGUAUACAGACUCAGACAGUGGAGAUGACUCUGAUAAGAGAUCCUGUGAAGAGAGCUGGAGACUGAUAUCUUCACUCAGAGAGAAACUACCUGCUAACAAGGUCCAGUCGAUAGUAAAGCGCUGUGGCCUGCCCAGUAGUGGUAAACGUCGGGAGCCACUCAGGGUCUAUCAGAUCCCUCAGCGUCGUCGAAUCAGCAAAGACCCCAAACGGGUUACCAUCAGAGACCUGAGGAUGCAGGCGGUCAAAGAGAUCUGCUACGAG